UUGAGUCUUGGGUCUGAAACGUCUUGACUCAGUCAAUUCGGGCUCUUGUAAGCAUUCGCUGCGAGUUGUCUUGAGACGUUACUUUAUUGAUUACUGUAAUCCCGCAGUUGGGACUAUCGCGAUCUGUUCUGAACCAAGACAAGCAAAUAGAACUAUUUUUUUCAUGGAAUUGUGUCUGGCGUUGCGCGCCUAUCGGAAUCAAUUAAUUCAGACAAUUCAGUAGAGUCAGUGCAUGGAAAUUCCAAUAAUUCGAUCGCAGAUAUUCUUUCUUGAGUCCUUCGGACAUCGCGUAUUGCCUCUGAGCCGCCACUAUCCUCAUGGAGUGGAGGGACGAGCUAGGGAAAAACUAAGAAUCUGGGGAAUUUCGCUAAAGAAACCGCGGAUCUGUAUCGCAUUUUUAUUGCAGUAUUUUCUGAUUACAUCGAUUUUAUGGUUAUUGAUUUCUUCAAAGAAGAUUAUCCGAUCUGCGGAUAUGCAGUCGCUAAUGCGGAUUCAGUGGAUUUCUUGAGUGACCGCGAGUUCAUUAUUGAAGUGAUCAGUGCAAGUGCCUUUGAAGACAUUGAGGUGAAGUGCAUGGAAAGACAGGUGGAACCCGAAGUGUCGAAAAGUAGAUACUGAAUUUAUCGAAUCGGAGAAGAGGAUCGUGGAAAUACAGGAUAUGGUGCUUCGAUAGAUGCUUUCAGCGUUUACUCUUGCAUGGAUUUAGAUGCACGUCAAGAAUCUGAGAUCAUCGAGCGAGUCAUUCAUUGUCCAUUAAGGUUGGAUCCGAAGCGAGUCCAGUGCCCCAAGUGUCGCGGUCCUUCCCCCGGGCUCCAAGGUGUUAGGAUUUUCUCAAAGUGCGCACCUCAUUUAUGUUACAAUCAACUGAAAUUCUUGAUGGGAAUAAUGUGAAUACUGUGUGGUCGCAAUGGUGGAAUAUCAUGGUCAGCUCCCAGCCUAAUCCAAGUGAUGACGGAAAAAUCGUUGUUGAGUGAAUCGUGAAGUGUCGGUUCGAAAGGAAAAUUUAUUAAAAUAUAAAAAAGUUUUAGAUUCUUUUUUGGAAUUCCAUAUUCGCAUCGAUUGUACGGAAUAAAAUGCCAUCAGCUUACAGACAGAAUGGAUUAUCGCUUCUUCCGCACCACCUACAGCAACCUCAUCAUCCCACGAAUGGUCACCUGAACGGCGGCACUCCGUCGAAAUUGCGCCCGUGGACAGGAACGCAAGAACCCCAUUCAACAUUAUCAAGUCAAACGUUUUCCAGACACUACUCCACGGAUGCCCUGCCCAAUGGACUCUAUCAAACGAACGGGCGACACCAGGCAAAUGGCGUGCUAGUCCGCAAUUCAGGAGGCCUCCACGAAGACUUGGACUUCCCAAAUAACACCAGGAGUUUGGCGCGAAAGAAGACAAUUACGUGGAUGAGACCGCAUGAUAUGUGCUCGCGCCCACAAUUUCGCCUCACCUCCAUUGGAUCGCCACUAACAUCUGGUGAAUUACCCGAACCUGUUGGCCCCGGUGAUCCAAAUCUGCUGGCAGCAAUUGGAUGUUUGUCACAAUUCCCACGCCUGCUUGAACGCGUUGCUCCGCCGGACCAGACUUUUGAUGCUGCCAGUGGUUACAAUGGAAUGUUCAGGUUCCGAUUUUGGCAAUGGGGCCGAUGGAUUGAAGUACGUGUUGACGACAGACUUCCUACCCGUGACGACCGACCUGCCUACAUGCACUGUAUUCAAGGCGAUGUAUUUUGGACAGCUCUUCUUGAGAAAGCGUAUGCGAAAUUAUAUGGAGGAUAUGCUUUUCUAAAAUACGGAAACGUGGGAAGAGCAAUACAGGACCUAACGGGAGCAGUUGUUCAGAGUGUGCCACCGAGUGCACCAUUACUAGGAGGAGCCGUGCCAAGAUCCACGUUAUUAUUAGCAAUAUCAGCACAUGACAAAGGUACAAAACGACGACGUUCAGGUGGUCUUUUACCGGAACAUCCUUACUGCGUCACAGGACUUGCUCGAGUUCGAACAACAGCUCCUUCGGAAUCUUCGGAAAGUAGUAAUGGCGGUGCAAAUGAUACAAAUCUAGUUCGAUUACGAAGUCCUUGGGCAGGUGGAGAAUACGGAGGAGUAUGGUGCGGUGCAUGGUCAGAAAGAAGUUGGGAAUGGAAUGCAUUGAGCGAACGUGAUCGAGAGCUGUUAGCCUCACGAUCGCAACAUGAAGGAGAAUUCUGGAUGUCGGUUCCCGAAUUCUUACAAAGAUUUACUGUGAUAUGGUUAGCACACAUUGGACCUGAUGAUUGGGCGCUGGAGCCAGCUUUACACUCAAGAUCUCCAUGGCGAGCGGCAUUAGCAAUUCGUCAGUGGCGAGCUGGAUUUAACGCUGGAGGACCUCAUAAAUAUGUUGAGACUACCGCCACAAAUCCACAAUUUCGAGUGCGCGUUCCAAACGGUAGCCCCGGUAAAGCACAUAUUGUAGUAGCGGUCGCCCAAAGAUAUGAAUGUUACCGCAGCCGGAAUACGGAAAUUCAUCCCAUUGGAUUUACGAUCUACGAGGUUCCACCAGGUAUGCCUCGGGUAACUCCACAAUAUGUCAGUGAACAGAUGCCUUUGGACUUCGCCGAACUUCAACACCAAAGAGAGGUUGUAACCUUUUUCGCGUUGCCACCGGGAGAUUUCGUUGUUCUCCCUCACUCCACACAACAUCGAGAUGGAAAAUUCCUUCUGCGGAUUCUAGCCGAUCAGCAUGCUGAUGUCUGGGAAGUAAAUGAGGACAAUUUGGUGAUACAUAAUAUUGCCGGAGAAUUUGGAGAGGAUAGAGCAAUGGACUAUAGAUUUCUUUAUAAAUUACGGACACGUUUUCCGGCCGAAAUCGAUGCUGUCCAAUUGCAACAGAUCCUUAGGUCGCCAAUUUGUGGUCUCACCCGACUGAAAACCUUUAGCACAAUAAAUGGACCAGCAUUAGAUCUAUGUCGAGCGUUACUGGCUUUGCGUGAUCCAAGUCUAGGGGGUCGGUUAUCAAUCGAAAAUGUCCCACCAUUAGUUGCGUUAAUGAAAUUCUGGAAAGCCGCAUUUAGACGUUGUGGCCCCUCAAGUUCUGGAACGUUGUCUUUAACAAGAAGCAUUUGGAGCUCGAAAAUAUCCUCAUACUGUCUCAGAGGAGUACUCUGGGCUGGUGGAGCGACUGCAAGCAAUAAAGUACUCGAAGCACUUGUGGGACGAUUUUCACGAUCUAGACAUAUCACUCUGGAAGGGUAUCUGAUGUGCAUGGCCAAGUUGCACUUAGCGCAUGAACGCUUCCAUAGUUUAGACUCAAAGGCCAAAGCAAAUCCCCUGACUUUAGAGGAGAUGAUUCUAAUGACCAUCUAUUCAUGAUCUUCAAGGAACGCGUGCCGACGAGGCAUCGACAUGGUCCCAAUUAUUAGAAAUCUUCACGUAAUGUUAAGUUGUUUACAUUCAACGAUGUUAAAUUAGCCAAAGAUAUUUGUUUUGAUUGUUUUACUAUUACUUUCGUAACCUUAUGGUCGUACUCCAAUGAAUUAUAUUCUGUUUCCCACGACAAUAUAAUUGUACUACAAACGAGUGUUCACCUUGAGUCGAGAGCUGAACGCCGCGAACUAAGCUUUAGCCGCUAACCCAAUUUACACAUAGUCAACAAAAGGAGCAUACCUACAUAUACACACAAUCAAUUAACUUAAUUAUUUAUUUCUACAAUUACUGUAAUUUAUGGAGAAUAAAAUAUGAGUUAAAUUAUUA